ACCAGCCAAUCACAUCUCAUUCCGCUUCCACCUAGCUGGGGAAAACAGUACGGGGAGGCGGAAACUCGUUUGGACUCUAUAUAAGCAGUUAAGCGUGGAAUUUCUGUCAGUGUCACCCUCCAAUGAUCCUCCACCUGUCGAGGCGACAGCAAGAGCGCACACAGAGCGCGCGGGGGACCUGGGAUCCGUGUCGCUGUGAGGCGUGGACUUGACCGGCAGUGACCGAGAGGGAAAACCCCAGCCUCUGCAGCUGAGAAAGAGCCGAGAGAGAACUCCAUGCUGCCGCCGCCGCCGCCGCUUCACAGAGCGCUGUCCGUCCGCUGUGGUGCUGAACCGCAGGACACGACCCUUCAACCGGUGACGUAGAGCUGAGACUCAUCCAAGAGACUCAGGGCUAAUAAUACUAAAAAACAAAACAAAACAACAAAGCUGCACAAACAUCAUAUCUACACACACAUAUAUGUAUAUGGAUUUGAAGCAAAUCAAAGACAAAGAAGAGACUGAAAAGACAGCAGAAGUGAUGGCUGGACUUCCCUCCGCCCUCGGCGUCAUUCCGGCGGUCUGAGCACAGCAGCGCGCACCGGAACCCAGCGGAGCCUCCGUAGAUGAGGAGAGUGACAGAGGCUUUCGAUCAGUGAGUGGCGGUUGACGGUUCGUUGCGCGUGGACUGGAGCGCGGCAAGCUCCCUGUCUGACCUCGCGCUGUUGGGGGGCACGCGGACCUGCUUGGCGCGCAGACUGAUUCUGACUGCACCUUUGGGCGUACUGGACUUCAGCGAGGUGAAUGUUGAUGACACCAUUGAAAUGCUGCCAAAAUCAAGAAGAGCUCUUACCAUUCAAGAGAUUGCUGCAUUAGCUCGAUCCUCCCUGCACGGUAUUUCCCAGGUAGUGAAAGACCAUGUGACAAAGCCUACAGCGAUGGCUCAGGGCAGAGUGGCCCAUCUGAUAGAGUGGAAAGGCUGGUGUAAGCCUAUCGACACUCCAGCAGCUCUGGAAUCAGACUUCAACUCAUACUCCGACCUCACUGAGGGAGAACAGGAGGCGCGCUUUGCUGCGGGUGUGGCGGAGCAGUUCGCAAUAGCGGAGGCUAAGCUGAGGGCCUGGUCCUCUGUGGACGGCGACGAGUCCAACGAUGACUCAUACGAUGAAGACUUUCUGCCUGCCAACGAGCCCACCACACAGAGCACAGAUGUGCCAUCAUAUCCUCCCUACUUGAAGGACCUGAUCCACAGUCAGCUUUGCCAGCACCUGGGCCUUCGAGGGCCCUGUUGUGAGAGUGGGGGAGGAGGAGGAGGUGGGGAGGGAGGUGGCAGCGGAGAGCCCUCUCCCACGGCAGGCUCCCCGGACACCCUGUGCUCCAGCCUCUGCAGUCUGGAUGAACACCACCCAUUGCUGCGUGACCUGGGCGGCCACCGUGGCACCCACGCCCACAGCAACGCCGCCGAGCUUGCUGCUAAGAUCCUGUCGGCGCUGCAAGGAGGGGAGGAGCUGCUGCUUGCCCGGCUUCAGAGGGCGGGGCACAGCAGGCCCGGUGGUGGGGACUGCAGCUUCCACAGCCUGGGUGGGGGAGGGCGGAGCAUCAGGCCCUGCGGUGGUCAGGACUCUCCUUGCUACUCCAUGUCUUACUCUGAGACAUACCUGUCACCUGGAGAGGAUGACGACACCCCCUGCAAGGACUAUGAAAGCACCGUGUGCCAGGUGGAGGCAGAGGGCAACGGAGUGGCGUACCCCCCUGACUACGACCCCCGCAGGAGGGUCUCCGACGUGGCCUCCUCUGGGGUUGUGUCUCUCGAUGAAGAGGAGGAAGAGGAGGAGGAGAGAGCAGGAGAGCCAAACAACCAGUGACUCUACUCAUCUCACCUCAGUGUUUAGUCCCUCCAAACUCUUUGGAGAGAUUUCUUUUUUGCAACAACUUCCCCUCUCCUCCACGGUGUUUGAAAGUCUGUUUAUUUGUUGUUAUUUUUUUUAUCUGAAGCAUCCGUCUUUGCCUUACUUGCAGCAUUUCAACUCCUCCUUUCCACCUCGCAACUGCUUUUGUCCCCAUUUAACUUUCUUUUGAAGGCGUCCAAACAAUCUUUUUUUAUCAGUGUGAAAACAGGAGUGCUGGACGUGCCGCAGCAGUCCAGUGACUUGUUUGUGGGUAUGACGCUCACAGUUUUCGGCUCCGUCCCUUCCUGCGAAGCGACUCUAAAAAUGGACGCCACCAACAGGCAGACAGAAUGACUGAGUCCGAAACUCUGACUUAUCUUUGCAUGUGUUUUGCAAGUGCUGAAAUCGAUGGGCUGACCCGGUCUUGAGCACGGUUUGUAAUCUCAGCUGUUCUGUAUAAACCCCGCCCACCUCCCCAGCUUCUCCCAUGGGAGGGAGGGUUGCAACCUGGGAUCUUCCCUUAAUUCCCCCUCCUCCCUCCCUGCCCCCCCCUGCCCUCCCCUCCUUUGCAAGAGACAAAUUAGCAUCCUUUUGGGCAUGGCUUGCUGAGUAUGCCAAACUAUUUAACCCUGUCACUACCAAUUAUGAGCAAAUGCUGGAAUGUCUUCAAAGCGACAGGACAUAGUAUGUAUUUUAAAAUAACAAAGUUUAAAAAAAGAUUUGUCACAAAUUAUAUGACAGAAAUGAUAUGCUUUUAUUGUACUAGUUUUCUAUCACUCAAACAUGUUGUUGUUCACAUUAUUACCAACGUCAUUAUGAUGGACAUCUGCCAUAAUGAUCUACUCUAGCUACUGCAUAUUUUUGGGGUUCUGUCAAUUCCUGCAUGGAAGACACAAAAACUUUUGGUUGUCUUAAAAAAAAAAAAAAAAAACAAACAAAAAAAACACAGCAGCAGCAAAGACAACAACAACAAACACUGACAGAAUGUUCCUGAAGUGACCCUUUGGCGGUGGGUGUUCAGCAGGAAGUGGCGCAGAUGGAAAAGACAGAAAAGGUUUCUUUCUGUGAAGAGUUGCAUCGGAGAUUUUCUAUAUUUUUGUAUGCGUCGUCUUGCUUUGAUCUCUUUGCCUAUGCGGCGUGCCAGUGUAUGUGGUUUUUUGCACGAAGCUAACGUGGCUGUAGAUUUCUCCUUUUCUUUGUUAUCACUGUGUGAUAUAGUUUAAUGGGAAAAAUAAUACAAUGUGAACAAAAAAAGUUUUUAUUUUAUUUUUUAUUUCAAAAGAGGAUACUGUGAUACGGUUUGUUAUCGCCAUAUGUCAUGAUCCUCAUGAAGAGCUCUCAUGUUUUGUUUUUUCCAAAAUUUCAAAAUGCUCUUCUUCUUUCCUCUCAUACUGACUCCUGAUAAGCUUUGCCUUUUACUUCCCUUUCUUUUCUAUGAUGUUUGCAGAAUAGCAUGUUUGUGUGACACACGCAGAAACUCCCAUCUCCAUGGUGAUGUGAGGAACCCUGCUGAGGUUCUCCCAGAGGGACUGUCAUUCAUACAACUCAGGAAAUCCCAUUGGACCAGAGCAUCAGUGCAUCCCGCCCGCAUACAUAACAACACUCGUCUCACCCUCCGUGUCCCUGUGCGUGUGCUUGUGUGGGUGCAUUUUUGUGUGUUUGUGAGCGAGAAAGUCUGGUGUGCGUAGUUAUUUUCAACAAAUAAUUAAAGCACGGGUUAAGUCCCCACAUCCUCCUCUAAUGUUGUUUGACUGUUUAGAUAAGCCUGAACACACAAGUCAGUAUGUUUUUGACAUUCUGUUCAAAUGCGUGUGUGACUGUGUGUGUGUGGCUGUAUUGUAAGAUGUCAGCAAGCUCCUUAUGCUUGCACUGUUUAUCCAUUCCAAAACCCCUCCAAUGCAGCGAUUCCCUUUAAAGCAGUGUCUGGUGAAGCUGAGCUCUUGUUGGAGGUUGAACUUUUACUGGUGCUGGAGAUUUCUUUUCUUUUUUCUUUUUUUUUAAAGCAUAGCGUACAUAACAUCUGGAAAUGGUUUUGAAAAUACAGAAGGGGUGGCAUCACUAUCAGCUGAUUUCUGUACUCAAAACUACAUGAAAAUGAGCAGUCCCAGGCAGGAGAGUUGGAAAAGACAGCGACAACUCAGGGGGAACAUUGAAGCUGUGCCUUUCAUUCGUUACCUUUGACUUCCCAAGUUACACCAUCAUCACACCCUUCAUGUUGUUGCUCAAGCCAUAGCUUGACUUCCUUUCCCUUC